UUUCAUCCAUUCCCCAGGUAUUACGAGCAGGACCUGGCCUUGGCGAAGGACCUCCAAGACAAACUGGCCCAGGCUAAAGCCUACUGUAACCUGGGUCUGGCCCACAAAGCACUGGGGGAGCACAAGAAGGCAGAGGAGUGUCAGAGAUACCUGCUCUCUCUAGCACAGGCCUUGGACAACACACAGGCGAUGUUCCGGGCCCUCGGGAACCUGGGCGACGUCUAUGUGUGUCGGAGCGAUCUUCCAGGAGCUCUGAGGUUCUACCAGCAGCAGUUAAGUCUGGCUCAGAAGGUCAGCGAUCAGAAGAUGGAGGCUGACGCCUACUCGGCUCUUGGAUCGGUUCACAGGCUGCUCCGCCAGCUGGACGCGGCCUUGUCCUUCCACAGCCAGGAGCUGACCGUCCGAAAGGAUCUGGGCGACCAGCAGGGGGAGUGCCGCGCCCUCGGCCACCUGGCGGCCGUCCACAUGGCUCUGGGGGACUACGCCACGACCUUCCAGUGUUACGAGGCCCAGCUGGGCCUGGCGCAGGGACUCAGGGAUGCCCGCCUGGAGGCGCAGGUCCACGGGAACAUGGGCAUCACCAAGAUGAACAUGGGGGUGUUUGAGGAAGCGAUCGGCUAUUUUGAGCAGCAGCUGGCCAUGCUGCAGCAGCUGAGUGGACCCGAGAGCAUGCUGGACCGAGGCAGGGCCUACGGGAACCUGGCAGACUGCUACGACGCUCUGGGAGACUACGAGGAGGCCAUUCAGUAUUACGAGAAGUACCUGACGGUGGCUCAGAGUCUCAACCAUGUCCAGGACCAGGAGAAGGCCUACAGAGGACUCGGCAAUGCACACAGGUAAACGUUGGCAAACCGAAGGAAAUACGCUCAUUCGGUUUAUUUUUGAGAGUUUGAUGAGAAGAUCAAAACCACUCUCAUGUCAUCACCCAUUGGUUUGUGGAC